AGAUGUUCACAGCUGCAUUCUCCUCCUGUACAAAAACAAAGAAGUAACUUUACCUCAGACACACCAAGGCUGGACAGGGUCGAACCAACACUCAUCUGCUACUGCGUGUGUCUGGAGCCAUGUCGCCCACUUACCUAAUUCUGCUCUUUGGCCUUGGCCUGACAGCAGCAAAGCUAACAGGUGAAACAGAAACUGAUGUUGAUGAAGGCCAAGACUGGGAUAUCUUCAACAUCAAUGAAGCUGCUGGGCUGGACCUGCUGGAGGGAGAUAUCGAACAGGAUCAAACAUUCAGCAGAAACUCCAUCUUAGGUGAUAAGUAUCGCUGGCCAACAACCAUUCCCUACUACCUGGAAGACAGCCUGGACAUGAAUGCAAAGGGGGUGAUCCUGAAGGCAUUUGACCAGUACAGACUGAAGACCUGUAUUGACUUCACACCAUGGAAAGGAGAGGAGAACUACAUCUCUGUGUUCAAAGGCAGCGGAUGCUUCUCCUCUGUGGGCAACCAGCAUGUGGGAAAGCAGCAGCUGUCCAUAGGUAGAAACUGUGAUCGUCUAGGAACUGUUGAGCAUGAGUUCCUGCAUGCUCUCGGAUUCUGGCACGAGCAGUCCAGAGCUGACCGUGAUGAUUAUGUUAACAUCAUGUGGGAUCGCAUUGAACCUGGUAAAGAGCACAAUUUCAAGACACGUGAUGACACAGUGUCCAGCGCUCUGGGCAUCCCUUACGACUAUGGCUCUGUGAUGCACUACAGUAAGACGGCCUUCAACAUCGGCUCUGAGCCCACCAUCGUCACCAAGAUCCCUCACUUCAUGGAUGUGAUUGGUCAGAGGAUGGGCUUCAGUGCUAAUGACCUAGCCAAACUCAACCGUCUCUACAACUGCACUAAGUCAUCUACCUUUGUGGAAAGCUGCAACUUUGAGGAGGAGAACAUCUGUGGGAUGAUUCAGGGUCCUGGGAACACGAAGUGGGAGCAGCUUAGUUCUUUGAGUGGAGGACCUCAGACUGACUUCACCAACAUGGGACAAUGCAAAGGAAAAGGCUUCUUCAUGCACUUCAGCACCGCCUCUGCUAAACCUGGUGACCAUGCAUUUCUGGAAAGUCGUUGGCUUUACCCGAAACCUGGAGCCCAGUGUCUGCAGUUCUUCCUCCAUAACACCGGAGCAGCUGAUGAUGUUCUCAAUAUCUGGGUGCGAGAGUAUGACAAGGCCAACCCCAGCGGUAAAAUGAGGCUCUUCAAGAGCAUUUCCGGAGGUGCCAUGGGCUCCUGGGAGCUUUACAGCGUCAAUCUGAAUGUGGCCCAGAAGGCUCGUGUGGUUUUUGAGGGUGUGAGGGGAAAGAGUCCAUCGAAGGGGGGUUUCUCUCUGGAUGACAUUAACCUGUCAUCCACAAAGUGCCCUCAGCACAUCUGGCGCAUUCGCAAUAUCACAGCCUUGAUGGCCACCACACCAGUAGGAAGCAAACAGUACAGCCCUCGCUUUCUGUCUCCAGCAGGUUACUCCUUCCAGGUAGGUGUGUACCUAAACGGAAGAAGUGACCGUCCAGGGUACAUGGCCAUCUACUUCCACCUGACCUCAGGCCCCAACGACCACAAACUCAAGUGGCCAUGUCCGUGGCAGCAGGCAACCAUGGCCCUGAUGGAUCAGCAGUCUGACAUCAGACAGCAAAUGAACAUGCACAGAAUGGUCACCACUGACCCUGAGAAGAUGUCAUCUGAUGGUAAAGAGUACUACUGGGAUGAUCCCAGCAAAGUGGGCUCUAAAGUGACUGCGUCUGAUGGCAGCUAUUAUUAUCGAGGCCCAGGCACUGGAACAAGUUCUUUCAUCACACACAGCAGACUGAGGAGCAGAAAAUUCAUCAAAGGAGAUGAUGCCUUCUUCCUCCUCAGUGUGGAGGAUAUAUCUGACCUGCUGGUACCUCAGCCCCUGCCUCACUCUGCAGUUCAAGCUGACAGCAAUCUGAUGAAGGCUGCAGACCAAGACGCCCCGCAGGGAGAUGCUAAUAACCCCACCGUGAUCACAGCUGUGGCAGCAUCUGUGGCAGCCACCAUGUUGGUGGUUUCCAUGCUGAUUGUAGGGAUCACCUGGAGGACGAGGAGAAGACAGCAGGAGAGUGACGGUGUGGUGAUCAUACAGGACAUCCCUGGAUUCAUGGAAGAGUGCCCGACCAAAGAUUUACCCUGUCCUCUCAGCACCCCAUGAUGUCCUCACUGACCAGAAGAGAGAGCACAUCACUAGAUGUUCACUGCAACUCUCCAGUCAGAUUUCCACCUGAAUCUUUUUCAUGUAUAAUCUGAAGUUGUGCAUGAGAAGUAAAAUCUCUGAAAGCAA